CAAUGAUAGACCGUUGAAGAAAACAUUGAACCGAUUUGAAUUUCAUUUUAUAUCUUUUUGACAUUUUAACUUCACUAUAUACAUUUUACUGUUUUUUUUUCGUAAAUAUUUAUAAUUAUGAAUUUAUUUUUGUGGUCUGGUCAAAAUGAAGAAGGACAUUUUAUGCUUCAUUGACAGGAUCUUCAUAUGAUAUCAGUAGCAAACGGAAGAAGUAUUUGUAUAAAAAUAACAACAUAUAUAAAACCUUCGGAUCUUAUCGCCAAAGCCAACAUGGACGACAGAUCACCAAAAAAAUAUCAAAAGAAUCAAAAGUACGUUUGUGCAAUGUGCUUAAACAACAGAGUUGACGGAAAAGCUAGCGAAUGUUGCAGGAAAAUUCCAAAAAGUUGUCCUAUAUGCCAGAAGUCAAAAGAAUGUGUUUUAAAUGAAAUAAAGAAAGAAAAAGAAAUGAAGGAUAAAUGUCUUUCAAGCAAGGAUCCCAAUGUUAAGACAGUCCAAACAUCAGACACAAAUGUCGCACAAGGCUUGAGUCUUCUGAACGAAGUACUAACCGUAUUCCAAAAUAAAAAAGUCGAUAUGAACAAAGAGAAAGUCAAAACCGGACUUCUGAAAGACGUAGCUGUUGCAACAGACGACCAAAAUGAUGACAAAAACGUAAAAGAGCGAACCAGACUAACUGUUAGUACGUUCCAAUAUUCUAUAGAGGAUACAAAGAAAACUCACGAAAAUGGAAAGUUUAUUAUCGUGAACUCUAGCCAACCAGAAGUAGUGGGCAGUAGAAAUUCCGUAGACCUCUUGAAGCAUAAGUCCUCUUCAAUACCACAGAUGAAGUUGGAAGAAUUGAAAUAUUCCCUCAAAGCAAAGAGUCGGUCGAAAGACGCCAUUGAGGAAGUGAACAGACUAUUCGCCACUGUUCGAAAGCCAAGUCAGAAAAUCUCUGACAUUUCCAACCGUCCAAUGGUGAGAAAUGGUCCAAGAGUUCUACCAGUGGUUAAUAAUAAUUACAAUAUACACGCAGAACCAAAUAAAAGAGAUUUUGGCUACGAAUGCGUCAAUUCUCAAAAUAGUUCGUGCAAGGUUUGCCAAACUUGCAUGUCCAGUGGCGACUCUAAUAGCAAGAAUGAGUGUUGCCACUCUGAUAAACAAAAGUGUGACAAGUGCGUCUAUAUGUUGUGUUGCCAUUAUGAACAUAAACGUAAAGUGCAGACCGGAGUGUUGAUUUGCGAACACUGCAGAGAAAUUAAUGAAGAAUAUUGUUGCCAGCAUAAUUGUGUCGAAGACAGUGGGUGUCACUGAGUCAGAUUUUAGUUGAUGGCAACACUAAAUGUUGUGACAGUUUUGAAUGAACAGAAAUUAGUUUUAGACGAAACUAUGUGGUGAGGUCUAUUUGUGGUCUUUAUAUUUACUGUUGUUUUUAAAUAAAGCUGUUUUUCGAAUUCGUUUUCGACGUUUUACUUU